AUGGGCAGUGAAGGCGAUCUGCGGUCCGACAGCAAUCCCUCUUCCAGCAGUCACGAUCCGAACCCUAACGUAGAAUCCGUUACUGCGGCCACCGCCGCCGCCGCUGGCCCCGCCGCUCGUCGCGCCAGUUACCCAGUCAGUAGUCGUGACGUGUCAGCCACUACGUUCGCUGGCAGUGCCGCCGAGCCGUCACCGAAGCGCGCCAAGCUUUCCUGCCCGUACCACGACAACGGCUCUGCGGCGUCCGCCCGCGGUUCUGAUUCGUGCUCGUUCUGCGCAUCUGCCGCCGCGAAUCCCGGGAAAUCUUCCGAGGACCACCCCGCCGGAGCUGCUGCCAUCUGUCACGCCACGAUUGGUCGAUUUGCGACCCUUUCCAUGGGGAUGGGGGCAGGGGAUGGUGCUGCGGACUCUGCAGGAGAGGGGCAAGUAGGGAGGAGUUGCCAGCCGUCCGAUCGCGACCGGCUUGGAUCCAAGGGUCAGAUUCGCACAGUGGAGUUUAUCCGCCUUAUAGAGCAAUCGCUGCGUUCGCUAGGGUAUGAUUCAAUAGCGGCGCAACUGGAAGCGGAAUCGGGCGUAGCUGUGGAAUCCAAGCCUGUAGGGGUGAACAGUGCUAGCGCUGAGGUGUUGGAGCAGCACAGCGACGAGGUGUUGGAGCAACACAGUGACGAGGUGUGGUGUGUGCAGUUCUCCCACGAUGGCACCAGGCUCGCUACUGCUUCUAAGGACCACACGGCUGUUGUCUGGCAGAUCCAUGACAGUUUCUCCCACCGCCGCCUGCAUACACUCGCCGGCCACUCCCUGCCGCUCUCCUACGUGGCGUGGAGCCCAGAUGACUCGCUGCUGCUCACAGCCGGCAACGAUCCCUUCGUGUGCCUCUGGGAUGCCGCCACUGGUCGAUUGCUGCGCUCCUUCUCCAAACACCACGAUGCCAUUUCCGCCUGUGCGUGGUUCUCCUGCGGGCGGCGUUUCUUGUCAGCAUCUGCGGCGACGGAUCGCACAGUGUGUGUGUGGGACGUGGAGGGAAGCGAGCUGCCCUCAUGGGGAGGGGUGGGGCGGCACCUGUGGCAGCAGGAUGGGGGUGAUUUCCCUCGAAUCAACGACCUUGCUAUCAGCUCCGACUGUUCCCACGUGGUGUCAGUGUGCAACGAGAAGGAGAUUCGAGUGCACGAGCUGCCGUCGGGAAAAGAGCAUGUGGUGAAGGAGACCAAGUCAAUCACGUCGCUCAGCAUGUCUGUGGAUGGCAGAUGGGUGUUGGUGAAUCUAUCAUCAGGCGACAUCCAUCUCUGGUGCAUUCAGGAUAUCUGUGCUGCCAAGCCUCCUGACAAGCCAGCUUUUUCCUACAGCGGGCAGGUCCAAGGCCGCUUCGUGAUCCGUUCCUGCUUUGGCGGCCAUGACCAGCGCUUCAUCAUCAGCGGAAGUGAAGAUGCUCAAGUGUACAUGUGGCAUCGCGACACCGGCGAGGUUAUGGAGGUGCUUCCGGGGCACUCCGGGACGGUAAACGCCGUCUCUUGGCCGGCCACCCGGCCACACAUGUUUGCUACAGCCUCGGAUGAUGGUACUGUGCGCAUUUGGGGGCUCCCCUCUCUUGUUGCCGGAGGUUUGGGAAUGGAAAUGGGAGGUUCUGAUGGUGGUACAGGUAUGAAUGUUGAGACGGAUAGGGAGGAUGGUGGGGGGAGUGCGAUGGUGGGAACGGAGUGA